AGCAAACUGCCUUACGAAAACGAAACGAAAUACGAGGCAUUUAUCUAAAAAUACCUUUUCCUCUAAACUUUAAAAUAUAUUUCUUUAAUGUGACAAACCCAAUGGAAGUACACAAUGGUGCAACUCCAAUACUUCAACAAGUGGGGCCAUACUAUUAUGAUGAAUACAAAGAGAAAAUAAACGUCAUAGACAAUGAUGCUGAAGAUAGUUUGCAGUACGAUGCUUUUGAUACAUACAGAUUCAAUAAAACUUUAUCUGGCUCUUUAUCGGAUGAGGAUUAUGUAACCAUCAUACAUCCAUUGCUUGUAAGAAACGCCACUAUUGCUGACACAAUUAAAAUAAUGAGAGGUAUUAAAAAUUACAAAGAUUUAGGAAGAGUACUGGAAGUUAAUGGUAAAAAGGAUAUUGGAUUAUGGGGAACAGAAGAAUGCAACCGUUUUAAAGGUACUGAUGGUUGGAUUAUACCUCCACUUCUAAAACCCGAAGAAGGAAUUAAGUGUUAUACUACUCAUUUAUGCAGGAAUAUUGCCCUCGACUACGUUCGAGACGAUGUACUUAGAGGAAUUAACGUACGAAGAUAUGAAGGAAAUUUAGGCGACCAGCAAAAUAAUUCGGCGGACAAAUGUUAUUGCCCAGAACCAAGACCGUGCCUUAAAAAAGGAACAUUUGAAUUAUCAAAAUGUAUAGGAGCACCAAUUAUAGCAAGCUUGCCGCAUUUCUUAGAGGCAGAUGAAUCACUAUUGACCCAAGUUAAAGGUUUAAACCCAGUCCAUGAAGAUCAUAUUAUGAAUGUAAACAUUGAUCCGGCUUUAGACUUAGAGGGUCCACUGUUUACAAAAAUCUCGAACAUCUUUAUACUACUAAAAAUGGCUCACAUAAUGAGGUGGCUCUUUCUGGUUGCUUCAAUCGGAGUGUUCGGAUAUGGAACCUAUACGCAUUUCAAAUCAAGCAAGAAAGUUAAGAUUACUCCAGUUCACCAGCGUACAACUAAUGAUGAUAAUCCUGUAAAAAGAAAUACCAACGAAUUGAUGAAUCAACUUAGAAACGAAGGAAAAAACGGAUAUACAAACAACAUUAUGACCGGUCAUGAAUUCGAUAGAUACGGAUAAAAAAUUAAACAAAUUAUUAUACUAAUUUUGUGUUACAGUAUUUUCAUCAAUCAUUUUGUUUUGUUGAAAGAGUUGUAUCACAAAGAAAGUGAGAACUAUUUUUUGUACGGAAAAUGAAUUGUUCAAAUAUGGUUAUGAUUUAUAAAAAAUAACCAUAUUUAUAACGAUAUUUUUAGUACCACUUAAUAUCUAAUGCAAACAGGUGAUAUAUUCUUUUCAGAAUUGUCAUCUAUGUAUAUAAUAUUUCAGUCCUUGACUUAAAAAAUAUCUGUCGUAAAUACAGUAGUUUCGUACAGAAUCAUUAAGUCUGAAAAGAUUCAGAAAAAAAUAUGCACAUUUAGAAUAAUAUCACAUAAUGUACUUAGUAGGGUAACGGGUAUAGUUGUUGGUCACUCAGUGAUUGGCCACUUUUACAAAAAUACGAAAUAUUAAGAUUUUCGGAAAAUAUAAGAAAAUAAAUAUAUUUGCAUUGUACUCUGGCACCAUUGAUAUUUAGGGGAAGGUGAGACGGUGAGGUAAAAUGGGAUACUUAACGUUUGAGGCUGUAUAAAACCGAAACUAUGUAUUGGAGGCUACUCAUAUUUUGACACAGUGAAAACUCAUUAUGUUUGUAUCACAAGCAAAAAAAAAGAUUUUUUUUUAUAAAUUCAUAUAAAAGUUAUGUGCAAAAAUUUGACACCAAUACAAUUUCCCAUUUUACCCCCACUGUGUGGGUAAAACGGAAUACACCGUGGGUGUAAAAUGGGAUAGGAUUUUUCUAUGUUAUUGUAAUUAAUUUUCUCUUUUUUUGUUUAAUUUUUUUUUAUUUUUAUGCAAAAUACAACUUAAACUCAAAAAUUCAAAAGGAACGAAAAAGAGCAAUUAACUAAAUAAGAAAUAACGAUGGGUUAAACCCAAAAAACCCAAUAUUAAUAGAAAUAAUAUUACCGAACAUUUUGCUUAAAUAUUAACAGGAAUAAUAAUGCCAAAUAUUUUUCUUAACUAAAUCAUAUCUGCAAUAUUUGCAAAUAAAUACAUCAUCAUCGCUGUCAGCUCCUGGCUCAUGUUCCCAUAUUUUACAAUUACAGCAUUGUAUCCAGCCUUCUCCUUUUUUGUCUGAAGAAAGACAAAAUUCUAUUGUUGCAAUAGAAGCAUUCCUCAUCUGCACUACUGACACUUUCAUCUUUAGGUUGUAUGUUUUUAACCUUCUUGGAAGUAUUUUCUUUUUUUUUACGGUUUUCUGCUUUAGUGACUUGGUCUUUGAGUUAACAUUUUUAAGAUUAUAUUUUGGUUUUCUGGUAUCUAGAGAUGGCUCCAAUUCUUCUUAUAAGGGGUGCUUGUUAAUAUGACAGUUUUACCUUUAUUUUACGGUGCUUUUGGAUAGGGAACAACGGAGAAAAUAGACCUAAACCAGUGCUUGUUGAGGGCAUGUCCAUAAGCAAAUUUUUAGAAGAUUCAUUAUUUUGUCUUUAUAGGGUAACUUGUUCUUCCAUAGGCUGGUCAUUUUUGGAUUGACUUUUUUCGGGGCUGGAUAUGUUUUCUUCAAUAUUUGGCUCAUGAUCAGUAGGCAAAGCUGCAUCUCUUCGGUAAAAACAGUACGAUUUAGUGGAAAAAUUCCUGUUUUUUGGAAACCAUUAAUGGCAUUUAAUAGAGUUUAUGCUCGUAGGUAAGCUUUUCUAAAUAGGUGAGGCACCUCUGAGAUAGUUAUACAUCGCCUUGGAUGAUGUCUCAGCCACACUUCUAUUUCUUGCGUAUAAAAUGUACUUAACGGAUACAUUAAGGAAACAUCCAAUGGCUGCAUCCUAUGGCUCGUAUGAGGAGGCAGAAAAGAUUAAGAGAGAUGGGUUUUCUUUUGAUGAUUGAGUGUGAUGAAGAAAAUGGUCAAACCAUUGUUCAAACAAAUUAAGCUGCAUCCAACCAGAUUUAUCAGUAACGACUAAGGUUCCUGGCGGUGCACCCUCUGAGAACUGAGGCUUCGUACGAACUCUGGGAAUUAUAAUUAUAGGAAGAACAAAUAUUCCAUUGGCGCUCAUGCAGAUUAUAGCAGUAGAAAGCUCCCCUCGUUCUGCAGAUGUUAGGGCGCCGACCUGUUUUCUAUCCUUGAGAGCAAUCACUUUUGAUGGACGACCUUAAACUGUUGUAAUCCCGGUUUCGUCAACGUUUAAAAUACGAGAGGGUGGAAAUUUUUUCUUGAAGAGGCUCCAAAAUGUCAAAAAAUGAUGAAACUGCUUCCUUGUUAAAACCUCGAGCACGUGCAGCUGAUGUUGCUUCAGGCAAGUGGAGCGAAAGUUUAUUCCGUUUCAAAAAAGCGCGAAGUCAUUCCCACCUAGCCAACUUUGUGUUUUUAUUGAAAUGAUAUUUGAUAUUGCUUUUUCUGCCAUCUAAUAUGCCAAGCUACGGAUGGAACGAGUUGUAAGACCGAACAUCAUAGUUUCCAUAUUCUUUGCAUAUGUUACCAAUUGCUGCUCCAACUCUAGAGGAAAUGUGGGCAGUCAGCUCCCAAGUAAUUUAGAAUGACCUGUUGCGGAUUUAUUUCUUCCUUUGAACGUUCUUUCCAAUGUUGAUUUUGGAACUCCAUAUUUUUUGGAUGCUUUUAGAAAUCCACAAGUUCCUUUUUCUAAUGCUUCCAGAGCUUUGGCCAUAAAUUUUUCACACCAUUUUUGACGCUGAGUCUUUCGUUGGUAAUUUCUAGGCAUCUAAAAUAAAAACAAUUCUUCUAAGUUUUUUCUUAUAUUACCGUAAACACGCUUGAAUAUUUUUUGCUUUAAAAAAUCUUUUUUUUUUUUAAAUUAUGAUUUUGACGUAACUAUAGAAUUUUCACAUAAGGGGUAAAACGGGAUAUCCCAUUUUACCCCACCCGAUUAUUUCUCGUUUUACCCUACAUGCUGUUAAAAAAAAACUUACCUUGUAUGCUCAAUAUGAGUUCGUUCACUCAAAAAACUUAUUCACAUGAUGCGCAGGGCACCACACAUCAUCUGAGUUCAAAAAUUAUUUCAAAAACUUGUUUAAAACAAAAGUUACAGAUUAAAACGUGGAACCCAAAAAUUACAUCAGGCACCUGUCAAAACACACAUUUUGGUCUGAGUACGAGAUCGGGUGUUUGAACUACGGCACGUUCGAACUACAAGCUAGGGCGCAUUAGACGAAUGUUGUAAGUAUUUUUCGCCGCGGCUGACGUCAUUAGUAGGCCGCUAGAGGCACUAUCUCGUUUUACCCAAGUAUCUCAUGUUACCUCAUCUUCACCUAUUUUGUCUAACGGUUAACUGUCUUGAUUACGAUUAUCUUGUUGUUACGGCGAGUGUUGUCUUAAACUUAACAUACAGUACUUCUAUUAAAUGAUUUUUGUUUUUAGAAUAAAAAAUGCCAAAUAUUCGGAAAGAUAAAACUUAGCAUAAAAAAUAUACAAAACAUGAUCUUCAGUCUCCUUUUCAUGACUUAGAAAAGUGUUUCUCCGACAAAACAAACAAAAAAACAAAAUUUGAAAAGUUGAAACAAUGGGGUACCCAUGCUUGUACUUCUGGAAAUAUCUUACCUCGUUGUUUUACUAAAAUGCAGCGGAUGAAUCGACCUUUUCUCGGCUUACGACAGACUGAAUUUAUGUACAUAAAGUGACGACACACAUAAACCACUCAUGCGCAUGUCACAUUGCAAUGAAUGACUCUCUGGCAUUCUGAGACCCAACAGUGCAGUUCCAGGGUUAAUAAUUAGCCUAAUGUGAAUUUUUCAGGCAAGAAUUUACCAGAUGCUUGAUACUAGUAGCUUGAUCGAUUACGUUUGGGGUUGAAGGGUUCUUUCAUAACUCAAAAAAUUACUUCCAGCAAAACUCUUUUUUUAUUAUUUUUUAAAAUAUAUUAAAGCGUGGACCAAAUGUCUUUUAUAAAUUAAAUUGACAGCUUUAUCUAGCAUUAAAGUGCACCCAACAAUAAAGUAAAUGUGAUCAUCCUAAAAAUGAUGCACAUAGUUGUCAAAUGCACAAAUGAUGUCACAAAGUAUGUAGAUGUUAAUCUGUAAAUAUGACUAUAUUGAAAAGGAUUCUGAUAAGCAGUCCAGUUUAUUAGAGGAGUGAUAUCUAGUAUUUAUAGGAAAAUAAGUUGUAAAAAAUAAAAGUGAACAAAUAAAUGUCAAACAUUUAUUUCACAUUUCGGCUUGUUAAAGACAAGAAGCAGUUUUUAAAGUAAAAUUUUUUAAGUAAAAGAACUGUUUUCUUUUCUGUUAGGUAGAUAAAAGCAAAAGUAGAAAUGGAUUUGGUAUGGAUAAUUGCUUAGAGAAAAAUAGAAACACACAUUCAUAUUCAUAUGAUAUUCAUUAAUCUUAGAAAAACAUAUGAUAGAAGUACCCCGACUAUGUGAAAAUUCUAAAAGAUAUGUAUGAUGGAAUGACAAUUAGUAUUGUUAAAGAUGCAGGAGAUACUGGUAAAUGUCAUAUGAGUGCAUCAAGCUGAGUGGUCAAUUCCUAUCCGGAAUUAUAUUCUGUUAACUUUCAACCAUCAUGUGUGCAUUCAGCACAUAAGUUUAAAACUCAUUGUUAUUUUCGAUGUUUCCUAGAAUAAAAUACACAAUGAUGAUAACGUACAACACAGAAUAAUUUUAUAGUUAUUGUAACGUAAAAUUAAACAUUUCAUAAUUUAAGGCCGUAUGACACUAUGCAUUUUCUUGUAUCAUUUCUUAUAUCGUUUCUGAUAUAACAAAAAAAUGGAUAGUGUCAUACAAGCGUGUAGUUUCUUAUAUCAGAAACAAUACAAGAAUUUGUGUCCGCUGCAUUUUCUUGUACAAGAAAUGCGCAAAGCUGCAAAAACGUAAAACUUCUGUCAUAUUGGGCUGGAGGAGAACUUUGAUAUACAAUUAGACCAAGCAGACAUCAGAGAAAAGUGCCCACCAACAAUAACCAAGAUUAGAACAUCAGUAGCCAAAUUGAAAAAUAAUAAAUCACAGGGACAAGGAUUGGAUCAAAUAGCAUCGGAACUACUGAAAAUAGGAGGAGAUGUUUUAUUAACAACAAUACAUAACCGCUCUAACAAUUAGUGAUGAGUUUAAAGAUUAUUUUAUAUCUCCAAAUAAGAGAGUAGAAUUUCAAGAGCAUGCCAUUCAAACACAUAAUUAAAAAAAAAAACAAAUAAAUUAUUACAACCAAAUUAUUAUUUCUGUCUUCCAUUAGAGCCUGUUGAAUAUCUUCAAAAAUUGUGGUUUCCAAUUUAGUUUUAAUAUUGGGACAUUUUAUUUCUUUAAUUUUUGCACUACAGUAUUUUAAAAAAUAAUCAGUAGCAUAUGUCCUCAGUCCCCAGUAGCUUGGGAUCCUCAGGUACUGCAGUUCUAUUUUUAUAGGUGCCAAAAUUUCGACCAAUCAUGUGGCAAAUCACAUACAAUUUCUGAUAAAAGAAAUUGCAUAGUGUCAUACAGGGCAAAAAUGUAUGUGCAAGAAACGAUACAAGAAAUUAUAAAUAACUUUCUAUAUCAGAGACGAUAUAAGAAAUGAUACAAGAAAAUGCAUAGUGUCAUACGGCCUUUAUAGUACCGCAAAAGUGUCCGGGUGCCACCUUGGGAAAAAAUGAAGAAAUAUUUUUAGAUUUAUCACUAGACCAAAAAUUGUUACCAUAUAAUUUAAUUUAUAAUUAAUUUACUGUCAAAAUUAACGCGCUAAAAAGCUUAUUAGUAUUAUUUGAAAUAAUUUUUAAAUUUGAAAUAAUUAAAUCGUUAAAUGGUAAUCUAGCUACAGAAAUAACAACUACACUACAGCUACACAAAACGACAGCUCCAGAAACAACAGAAAGCUUAUUUUGUUCUUAUAAACUAAGAAUAAUUUGGUUAUCACCAAAUGUACACUAAUGAAUCUGAUAAAAAACGAAGAGCAGAAGAGUGUUACUAUAGAUAAAGUAUAGCCAAAAUAUUUUAUGUUGUUGAUCAAUAAUAUUUUCAAUAGUAAUUUAUUUCCAGGCUGGCGGAUGUUUGAUCGACAUAGCAAACAAAUUUGUUGAAGUGAAAAUGUGAAUUUCUACAUAAAAAUGUCAGUUUUAUGUUAAAUAGGAGAAUAUACCAUAUAAAACGAU